AACAAUCCCACCAGAAUGUAUAAAUACAGGAGACCUGUCGAGGCAGACUAGGUGAAUUUAACAUUGAGAGACAGACCAUCAUGAACGGAUCACAACUUCGUCUUGCCUUGGUACUCGUCAAUGUCAUCUUGAGCUUGAAAGCGGCGAGGCCCCCGAACCCUCCAGCCAAAGCAGAAGACCAGAAAAAAUACAAGGCUGACAAGAAGACGAAUGACUUCAUGUCUGCGAUUAUUUGGUGGUAUAGCCCGUUGGGUUUGGUAAUGAUAUACUUCCCUCAUUUCAUUGAAAUGUAUACGAUCUUCCUUUCCAUGUUCCCAUCAUUACAACUACCUACGAUCCCGCUGCCGGGAGUUAUAUCCAUUCCACAUAUCCAUAAAACCACUCAACACGUUCGAGUGACACCAGCUUUUCUCGUCGGCACCGCACUCGUAUUCACAGGCUCAUUCCUCCGCCUAUGGUGCUACCGUCACCUAGGCAAACAAUUCACAUUCGAGCUCUCCCUCCGUAAAGAUGACAAACUCGUCACUACCGGUCCAUACUCUCUCGUCCGCCACCCUAGCUACCUAGGGAGUAUUUUUUCCAUCACCGGGAUGUUGUUGUGUCAGAUGGGUGCUGGAAGUUGGUGGAAAGAGGGUGGAAUUGUGGGAACGAAAUUUGGGACGGUGUAUGAUGUGGUUUUGUUUGUGCUUGUGGCGAUAUUUGAGUUGUCGUUGGUGAGACGGACUGAGAAGGAAGAUACUGUUUUGAGGAAGGAGUUCAGAACGCAAUGGGAGGCGUGGGCAAGGACUACGCCAUUUAAGCUUGUUCCUGGGGUGUACUAGACUUAAUAUAAAAUACAGAUAACGACACUUCUUUCUUGGACAGCUUCCCGUAUACAUAAGCUCUUCGCACAGGAUGUACCUAUGUGGCACGAACUGUAACAGCUCAAAUAUUCAGUAUUCAAGAUUCGUCGGUAAUUUAGAUUAUG